AUGACUUCCAAAGAGGAGGGCAAGGCUGCCUCGGCCGAGGAGCGCCGGAGAAGCCCGCUGGACCAUCUGCCCCCUCCCGCCAACUCCAACAAGCCCUUGACGCCCUUCAGCAUCGAGGACAUCCUCAACAAGCCCUCGGUGCGGAGAAGUUACACCAUCUGCGGGACUGCCCACCUCCUCUCGGCCGCUGAGAAGCACCCGCCGGCCUCCCUGCCCCUCUCCAGCCGAGCGCUGCUUUCCCAGACCUCGCCUCUCUGCGCCCUGGAGGAGCUGGCCAGCAAGACCUUCAAGGGCUUGGAAGUCAGCGUCCUGCAAGCGGCCGAAGGAAGGGAUGGGAUGACAAUAUUUGGCCAGAGACAGACUCCCAAGAAAAGGAGGAAGUCUAGAACAGCCUUUACAAAUCACCAGAUCUACGAACUGGAAAAAAGGUUUUUGUAUCAGAAAUACCUGUCCCCCGCUGACCGAGACCAGAUAGCCCAGCAACUGGGCCUGACCAAUGCCCAGGUGAUAACGUGGUUUCAGAAUCGCAGGGCCAAGCUCAAGAGGGACCUGGAAGAGAUGAAAGCAGACGUGGAGUCUGCCAAGAAACUAGGACCCAACGGCCAGGUGGAUCUUGUAGCCAUUGCCGAGCUGGAACAAACCCCCGAAGGGAGAGCGAAGUCCCGCUCCCUUUCGCCCACCCUCCCCAAGCAUGGACUGGAAGGCAGUGGCCACCUCCAGCUCUCCCCGGCGUCUCCUCUCACGGACCAGCCGGGCAGCAGCAAGGAUUGCUCGGAAGACGAAGACGUGGAAAUUGACGUUGAUGACUGA